UGAGUGACUUUGACGUGAUAUUAUUGACGUGCGCGAUGGUCCGCCAUGAGCGCAUGCUGAGCGGGUUGAUGUUUGCGAGCAUGGCCGGCAUGCGAGCAUUUCUUGUUCCGCGAGCGGUGGCCAGGAGCAUGGCGACUCAGAUGAGGGUCAGGAGCAGGAGCAAAGGCACUACUCUGCAGGAGACAUCUCCGCUUUCUGCCGUGCAAAUGCCUGGGUUCCCCCAGCCGAAGCCCUUGCCGGAGCGCUUGAGUCGACUGGGCAGCUGCGUGCAUGUGCCGGCGCUGGGGAGCUCCGCAGAGGAUGCUCAGCUGGCAAAGAGCCUUCUGACGGACAUCCAAAAAGUCGGAAAGCAGCUGAGGUUACACCGCAGCCGGCGGCACCUGCAGAUUUGGGGGGAGCACCUCACCUCCUCCAAGACCUUCACUGCGGUGGUGUCGAGACUGUUGUCCCUCUUCGGCCUGAAGCUGGUGGAUUGCUGGGUCAAUGUGUACCGGAGUGGCGAAGAGGAGAAAUCACCGCACCACGAUAACUACCAGGACCGAUCUCCGAGUCCCACGGCGACCAUUGGCCUCAGCCUGGGCAGCACGCGGGACAUCGUCUUCCGGGACAGGUAUAGUGGCGAGACCUUUCCCAUUCCGCAGCAGAACGGUGAUGUCUUCGCCUUCGAUUCGAGCUUCAACCGCCUUUUUACGCACGCAAUCCCACCGUCCGAAGAUGACGAUACCGGGCUGCGGCUGUCCAUCAUCGUUUGGGCCAUGGAGAGCGAUGGCCACACCUUGGCAGUGCCUCAAGCGGUGCGCCAGGGCCGAGGCUUCCCCACCAAGGAGGUGGUGAGCUGGAGCGACUGGGACUUGGCGGAGGGGCUGUGGUCCGACUCCCGAGCUCUAUCUGGGCUCGCCUGACCCUAGUUGAUUCGGGGAGAUGGCUGUGGGUC